AAAAAGCCCAGGUCUGCCCCCAUUAUACUCCGCCUUUGACCCUCGCUUGACAGAGUGUUUCAAACUUCCAUACAUUAUAAACCCCAAUUGGGCCAAACCCAAUAAAUAUAAAACCAAAGAACACUCACAUAAUUGAUAAUUCCACAAAUCUCAAAGUUUUCUCUCUCCUCCAUAACAACCACCAAUGUCCACCACAUCCAUUAACAACCACCACCAAACCAACCAAAUCUUCGUCUAUGGGACCCUCAAACGUGGCUUCCCAAACCACUACCUCUUAGAAAACCUCACCGCCUCAAACGACGCCGUUUUCAUGGGCGGUUACAAGACCCUUAACUCCUACCCUCUAGUUUGUGGGCCCCUGGGUAUCCCCUUCUUGAUCAACAUCCCCGGGUCGGGUCACCGAAUCAAGGGUGAGUUGUAUUCGGUUUCGGGUCGGGCCCUGACCCGACUUGAUGAACUUGAAGGGAUUAGUCGUGGACACUACGAGAGGCUUCCUUUGGAGGUGGUGACGGAAGAGAAAGGUGACCCGCGGGUGAUGGUAGUAGAGGCGUACUUUGGGCACCGGGAUUUUGGGGAGGAAAUGUGGAGGAAGAAUGAGGAAAUUGGGAUGGAAGAGUAUUUGGAUAAAAUGGGGGAGAAAUAUGUUAGGGUUGAAAAUAGAGAUGUUGGUCUGAAUUUGAAGGAUUAUAUUCGGGUAUAUCUUCAAUCUAAUGAAUAAUGAUCAUCAUUCAUCUAAUAAUUUGUAUUUUUUUAAUCAUCUAAUAAUUUGUAUAAUGAUGCACUAAUUUUUUUAGUAUCUUAAUAUGCAAUAGUUGUAUAUUCUCUUUGUUUUUUUAUUGUUAUAUUUUUCUUAAA